UCAUCCACCCAUCCGUAGCUAUCUAUACAUACUUGAUCAAAAGAGUUUCAGGUAGUUUAAGAGAGAAAUCAUCAGAAACAUCAUGGCUGUUAUGGAGUAUUUCUCGUUUCUUGCUGUUAUGGUUUUAUCCAUGACUCAUCUUUCACAAGCCUGGUGUGGUGAAACUGUUCCGUACAGAAUGGAUAUGGAGAAGAUGACACAGUUACAUUUCUACUUCCAUGAUAACAUCACCGGCGACUAUCCAACCUCUUUUAAGAUCGCCGAAGCACCGGGAAUAUCCAACUCUUCAUCGACGCUAUUCGGUGAAUUGUACGUAAUUGAUAGUCCAUUAACUGUCGGACCUGAUCCAAAUUCUAGACUCGUCGGUCGAGCUCAAGGUUUAUAUGGGUUUUCCGAUAGAAACGUAUUUUCUCUGACCAUGGGAAUAAGUCUUGUUUUUACAGGGAGCAAGAAGUUCAAUGGUUCUACCGUCAACGUGUUUACUCGAAAUCCAAUCGCUGAUACCAACCGUGAAUUUGUGAUUAUCGGUGGAACUGGAUAUUUUCAAUUUGCCCGUGGGUUUGUAAUUGCAAAGACAUACUCGUCUACCAUUAAAAAUGCUAUCGUCGAAUAUAAUUGUACUAUUAUUCACUAUUAAUUCGUAUGUUGCAUAAUACAAAAUCAUAAACAUUCAUUUGGCCAUCCA